AUGGCGACCCGCAGAAACGGACCUUCCAAUCCCAAGGACGAGGCACCAGUGCCUACGGACAAGACGCAAGACAAGCAGGCUCGUCUCCUAGCUGAGGAGAACCCGGGGCACUUCUCCCUGGUGCGCGCGCUGCACCUCGCAGACUUCAUCACCGAGCUCAAUGGCUUCUGCGGCGUAAUGUCCAUCUUCUCCUCGCUGCGCCACUGCAUCCAAGACGACCCGUUCAACUAUACGAACAUCUACUGGGCCCUGGGUUUCAUCCCUCUGGGUCUGUUCUUCGACUUCAUGGACGGCAAGGUGGCGCGCUGGCGCAAGAAGGCCUCGCUCAUGGGCCAGGAGCUCGACUCGCUCGCCGAUCUCGUCUCGUUUGGCGUGUCGCCCGCCGCCGCCGCCUUCGCGCUGGGCAUUCGCACGCCGGUCGAUCACCUCCUGCUGUCGUUCUUCGUGCUCUGCGGUUUGACUAGACUUGCGCGUUUCAACGUCACCGUUGCGAUGGUGCCUAAGGACGAGAGCGGAAAGAGCAAGUACUUCGAGGGCACACCCAUUCCCAUGUCGCUUGGAAUAGUGCAGAUCAUGGCGUACUGGGUCUACAAGGGCUGGACACUUGAGCAAAUCCCGCUGGGACUGUGGUUGGAGGGAACUGCGUUCGAGUUUCACCCAGUCGUGGCCAUGUUCAUCCUGCACGGGUGUUUGAUGGUCAGUAAGAGUAUCCACAUUCCUAAGCCGUAA